GUUUGCGCAGCUCAACCCCUGCCAGUACCACUUCAGCCACACUACCAAGCCACACAAAUCCCGCGCGCACACUUUUUCCUCCCCCAAAUUUUGGCCAAAAAGUGAACUUUCUCCUCUCCGACAACGACCAGCGAGAAUCCCGAUUUCUUAGCCCGACGACAGCAGAAAUCGCAGCAAUGGCCCCUAAGGAUACCAAGAAAGGCGGUGCCUCUAAGGCCGGUAAGGGCGCUCAGGCCAAGAAGGCUGCCCAGGCUGCCCUCAAGGGUGUGCACUCGCACAAGAAGACCAAGGUCAGAUACUCGACCACCUUCCACCGCCCCAAGACUCUUCAGCUGUCUCGGGCUCCCAAGUACCCUCGCAAGUCGAUCCCUCACGAGCCCCGUCUCGAUGAGCACAAGGUCAUCGUCCACCCUCUCAACACCGAGGGUGCCCUGAAGAAGAUCGAGGAGCAGAACACCCUCGUCUUCAUCGUCGAUGUCAAGGCCAACAAGGCCCAGAUCAAGCAGGCUCUCAAGAAGCUCUAUGACAUUGACACCGUCAAGAUCAACACCCUGAUCCGCCCUGACGGUUCCAAGAAGGCCUUCGCUCGCCUCACUGCCGAUGUCGAUGCCCUCGACAUUGCUGCCACCAAGCUCGGCCUUGUCUAAACUAGCGAUUUCAUAGCUAUGGGAAAUACACAAGAUUCGGGAUAAAAACUAUCUUCAAGGGAUACAUGGGUUUUACUGUUUAACGAAAAAGAAGUCGGCGUCUGAUACCCCUUUGGCGUUUGGUCCAUGGCAUGGAAAUGAAAGUUUUUAUAACUAUUCUGCCCGUUCCAUCAGACAUGACCAAAUGGGCCAUUAUCCAAACUCCUCCCUUGCAAGCCAUAGAUCUACUUGCUCUAAGACUUGAAUCUGACAUCUUGUAUUCUUGCUAUCACCAUGGACUCAUUGUCGCAUUGUUAUCUGCACUUCUAUAACCAAUUAUCCUGCACUGCGCAUUGGGUCUGUGUUUGAAGAUGAAGAUGAGUAUCCCGCUAUCGCGCGCUCCCAUAUCAUGCUACAAGAACCGCCUGUCAUACUGUCUAAGUUCCUGAACAAAUUCCCAUGCCCUAUAAACCCUUUUCCCUUCCAGUUCUACCUUUGAUCCUUCCCCUGUC